UCUCUUGCUGCCCUCUCCUCACCAGUCACCACUCUCGACCUAACCCUUUAUAUAACAACCCUAAACUCUCUCUCCCUCUCCCUCCCUCUCCUCCCUCACAUUCUCUCUCUCUCUCUCUCUCUCUCUCUAAGAAUUAGGUUCUGCUCAAUUUUCUCUGUUUCUUUCAUUCAAAGUCUUUGCUUUUAGAGUUUAAUAGAUAGAAAAAAGAUGGCACUUUGCUUUGGAUUUUCUAAAGCACUUUUUAGAGUUGUUCUAGUCUCUGCAAUUGUCUUGUUUGCCCUUCUAUCUCCAUCUGCUGCUGCCACUCCCAAGCCCUCGGCUGCUGCUGCAACUCCUUCCUCCGCCCCUUCUUCCGCUGCCGCCGCCCCUGCCCCUGGCCCUACCAGUGAUGGGACAUCAAUAGACCAAGGGAUUGCAUAUGUGCUGAUGCUAGUGGCUUUGGUGCGACAUACCUCAUUCAUCCUCUGGACGCAUCAGCAUCCUACAAUUUCUUUUGAGUUGGAUUCUUUUUAGCUUAAUUAGACCCUGCGUAAAGCGGGAGCUUUGUGCACUGGGUACGACCUUUUAUUUAUUCUGUGUGUGUGGUUGUUUGUGCAUAUUUAGAGAAAUUGAUGAUUGGUAAUAUUUGAGGCCGAUUUAGCUUCUUUUAGAUAAUUGUUGUGAAAUUAUUGUUCCUUUCUUCCUUUCUGUUUCAUUGCUUGCUUUUACCAUAUUCGCAUUGACACAAACACACGUUAUUGUGUUAUCCUGUCACAGAAUCUUAUCUAUUUGUAAGAAAA